AUGAUAUAUUCGUUUUAUUAUAAUCAAACAAUGGAUAUAUCCAAAGAAUGCUUAGAGUCAACUACUCUCUACUGCUGUUAUUAUCUAAACUGCUACAAUUCAUACUCAACGAAGUUCAAUCUAAAGCAUCAUAUAGAGACCAAGCAUUUAAAAGUAAAGAAAUUUAAGUGUGAAACUUGCAAAAAAAUAUUAUCAACGAAGCAGAACCUAAGAGAGCAUAUGAAAAUCCAUGAUGGAAUCAAACCUUUUUCAUGUAAUCAUUGUGGGAAAUCGUAUAGACAAGCAUCUCAAGCUAUAAUCCAUCAACGGAUUCACAGCAAAGAUGGAAUGAAUAAUAUAGCCGUUAAUGCAAUUGACACUGCCCCGCUCCAACCAGCUCGCCUCGUAAUAAAUGCUCCCGAAAUAAAUUGGGAAGAAUUUAAUGUAAAUCAGCCUCAAUUACCGGCUCUUAGAAGCAAUUUUGAUCAAGACGUAAGCCUGCCUUCUUUCGAGAGUGUUCUCAAGAAGGCUAAAAAAUGGUAUAGCUUUUAA